AUGCCGCAGGAUGACAGGAUCAACCUACCCUCUACUGCCAGCCAAGUGUCUCGACUCUUUCCACGCAAGCAAGCCGAGGAGAUGGACACUGUAACAAAAGACGAGACUAAGACUCCUUACGAAGUUGGCAUGACCCCCAAGCCGGAGGGAUCGAUUGAGGUCAUCGCGAGUACAGAGCUCAUCUCAUUCCGCCAUGUGGACGAAGCCCUUGACGCGAAGAUGCACCUGGUCAACCAGGCAAUCAAUCAGAUUGAACUUACUCCCUACCACUGGAAGCUAUUUUGCCUGAACGGAAUGGGCUAUGCCGUCGACUCUUUGUUACCAAUUCUCAUGAGCAUUGCCAACACGCAAGUGGUUCUCGAGUACCAGCCGUCGUACAAUCGUGGCGGACAGAUCGGGCUCUACGUCGGCCUCCUGGUCGGGGCUCUAUUCUGGGGUAUCUCUGCGGACAUCAUCGGGCGAAAAUGGGCAUUCAAUAUGAGUUUGUUCCUGGCUUCCGUCUUCUCCAUUGGAGCUGGAGCUGCCCCGAACUAUAUCGGAUGGGCCUCCCUGGUUGCCCUGGGAGGGUCUGGAGCUGGAGGCAAUCUUGUUCGACACGACCGUUUUCCUGGAAUAUUUACCGGCCGUAGAGCAAUGGCUGGUCACCUUUAUGGCCUUAUGGUGGGGUGUUGGUCAAACAGUAGCCGGCCUGUUCGCAUGGGCCUUUAUGCCAACCCUGGCUGGCGCUACUUGUACUACACUUCUGGCGGCUUUGUGUUGCUGAUGAGCAUAGCCCGGAUUACGGUUAUUCGCUUCCACGACACGCCGAAGUAUCUACUUUGCAAAGGCGAGGACGAGAAGGUGGUGACUCUUCUCCGAAACCUGGCCACCAAAUAUGGCCGCGAGUGCGACCUCACCGUCGAGAGCCUCGCCAGUCAGGGCAAGAUCACCAGCACGCACUCCAAGAAGGUGUUUUCUUUGAGCGAAAUCGGCGUCCAUUAUCGGGGGUUGUUUAGCACCAAAAGACUCGGAAUCUCGACCCUCCUGAUCUGGUUCUCCUGGCUCUUGAUCGCGCUGGGCUAUCCCUUGUUCUAUGUCUUUCUGCCCGAAUAUCUAGCCAGCCGAGGUGCCGAGUUUGGACAGACGUCUACCUACAUCACAUGGAGAAACUAUGUGCUUGCCCAGUUUUCCUCCGUCUUUGGUCCAGUGCUUGCAGGGUACAUGUGCAAAGUCCCCGUUAUUGGUCGCAAGUACACCAUGGCCAUCGGGGCCGUCAUCUCGAUGGUCUUCUUCUUCGCCUACACGGCGGUGCGGAACAACGCCGAAAACGUCGGCUUCAACUGCGCCACCUCCUUUGCCAUCAACAUCUACUAUGGUACCUUGUAUGCAUAUUCUCCCGAGGUGCUGCCCACCGCCCAUCGCGCCACCGGCAAUGGUACGGCGGUGGCGCUGAACCGGAUCAUGGGGAUCAUGUCAGCCGUCAUCGCUACCUACGCGGACACCUCCACCUCGGUGCCCUUCUACAUUUGCGCGGCUCUCUUCGGUUGGAUGGCCCUUGUGUCGGUGCUGUUCCCGUACGAGCCGCAGACCUCGCAAAGUGUGUGA